CUCUGAAGGAAACUAAUGAUUAAUGAUUGUUUCUUAUUCAUAAUGGGCUGUGGAAUGAUGUGAUACAUAUGUAUCUGGUAUAUCAUUAUAUAUGAUUGGAUUAUUAUUGUUGGGUUAACAUGUAAGCAGUAUUUUAAUGUUGUAACACUGUUGGGUUGUAUAACAAUUUUAUGAACUGAUCAUUUGCUUUGUGUGUAAAAUGUAUCUGCAAAGCAACUCCUGCUGUCCAGUAAAUGUAUAUAUAGUAUAAAGCACAGUGCAUUUCCCUCUGAAGUGUAUAGUAGAAGUAUAAAGCAACAGGAAACAGAAUUAUUCAAGCAAAGUACCUCAGAACUAGACCGAUAAACUGGCCAGCCUUCAUAUCUUCUGAUAUCACCUUAUUGAAUACAAACUGUAUCAGAAUUGGUGUAUCUAAGUUUUUGGAGGUCAUUUAGAAACAGUAUUGCAGUUACAUCGUUUGUCCACCAGAGAGCACUGACAAGCAGUGGUGUGUCAUAUGAGCUUUUAAAAUAUAUUCUGCAAGAUAUUUAUGCAAUAAUAAGAAUAUUUAUGGCAAUAUGAAAAAACAUCUAUAAAAAAGUUAUACAGUCCGCUCCUGAACUGUGUCUGUGUUUCAUGGUGGACUCUUUUGGAGGAGCAGUCAGAGUUGUGGUUCUUGAUCCAAACUGAGCAGCUGUACUGUUGUUAGUCAGCCAACUUCAGCUCAUCAACUGGAUGCAGCUGGUGACUGUCACACUAACUCCAACCUGGUGUUUGUGCUCCUCUGCAUGUGCGGUGACAUUUUCUUUACACUGCACAUCCCUACCUAAAUCCAGUCAGAGUAAUUUCUUCCACCGAUGGUCUCCGCUGCACGUGCAGCAAAGGGCCACAGAUUGGAGUUGAACCCCUGGCAAGGAAGCCUUGGUACAUGUGGCGCCAGCUCUACCAGGCGCACAUCUUCUCUUCUUCUUCUUCUUCUACUUCUUCUCUUCUUCUCUUCGUCCUGCCUUCAUCCUCCAGCCGCCGACGUCAGUGGAAUGUUUCAAUCCCUUCUGAUAUUCAGGUUAAUCUGAUUAUGAAGAUUCCCUCUGAGACGCCCCUUUGUCAAUGACGGCCAAGAUGGAGACUCCUUUCUAUCACGAUGACUCCCCCACCAUCCCCGGCUACAGCCAGAUCGCAGAAUACGAGCGUUACCAGGGAAACAAGAUGCUGAUGAGUAAGAAGGCCAUGUCAAUGGCGGGCAGUCAUCACUUUGGCGGUGGUGCAGCGGUAGGGAGGGGCGGGAACCCCAACAACCUGGGGCUCACUGGCAACAGCUCCCUGAUGACAUCAGCCGCGCCCUCCGCGGACAUGAACCUGCUGAAACUUGGGUCCCCCGACCUGGAGCACCUGAUCAUCCAGUCCAACCAGGGUCUGGUCACCACUAGCCCUGUGUCCAAUUCCACCAACCCGUUCAUGUACCGCAACCAGGCCACCAACGAGCAAGAAGGAUUUGCUGAUGGCUUUGUCAAAGCGCUUGCUGACCUUCACAAGCAGAACCAGCUGGUGGGAGGCGGCCCCAUGUCCCCGUCUUCGUCCUCCACUGUCUCCCUGCAGGCGUCCUACCAAAGGAACCUGAUGUCCAGUGGGGAUAUGCCAGUCUACACCAACCUCAGCAGCUACAACCCAGGUCAGAUGGUGUACACUGGAGCACAGAUGGCAUACGGUAGUGGUUCGGGACAUGGUGGUGGCGGAGCCCCUCAGCAUCACGCCCGAGGCCUGGACACCCCUCAGACCGUCCCUGAGGUGCCUCACCCGGCGGGCGACCCCACGUCGCCACCUUCCCUCUCCCCGAUUGACCUGGAGACGCAGGAGCGAAUUAAAGCGGAACGCAAGAAGCUCCGCAACCGCAUUGCCGCAUCCAAGUGCCGCAAGCGGAAGCUAGAGCGGAUCUCACGGCUGGAGGAGAAGGUGAAGGUCUUGAAGAGCCAGAACUCUGACCUGGCCUCCACUGCUGCCAUGCUGCGGGAGCAGGUCGCUCAGCUCAAACAGAAGGUCAUGAGUCACGUGACCAAUGGUUGCCAGAUCGCCGUCGGAUCGGCCACCAAGUCCAGCGGCGGAGGUGGGGGCACCGCCAGUGAGGACUCCAGCUGCUGAGGUGGCGGGACAUGGGGUGUGAAAAUAAGCCGAGAAGCAACGGGUUUACUUUUACGAUUUUGGCGUUUCGCUCGCACUCUCGGUCAGAGCGAGCAGAGAGUGAGGUGUCAACGACUCCUCAGCAGGACAGAUGGAUGUUUAACGGGAUUUAUGUAGCCCCGUAAACAACCGUCAGUCAGCCAGCCAGCUUAAAGAAGAGAAAAGAGACAGGAGAGAUAAGUCCCUGAAGUUCAAAUUUGGAUAAUUUGAAUGUUGACUAGGAUUUUUUCAAAGACAUGGUGACAGAUUUCAUUUGAAGAGACUGUUUAGAAGCAGGGUUUGACAUGUUUGAAGAGACACUUUUAUUGGACAGGUGAAAUGAAUUUAUGGACAGACUUUCAAGUUUCCGGUACAAAAGAUUUUGUACGGUUUGAACAACUCAUGACAAUAUUCUUUGUUUUCAGAUUACAUCUCAGUUAAUAAAGUGUACUGGAAAUUGUGGGAAUUAUUUCCCAGCAAUGAUUAUUAUUAUUUUUUUCAUUUUUAGUAAAAACAUUGUUUGAAUAAAUCACAUGUUAAAAUUAAAAUUUUUUUUACAGUGAAGAUAACAAUUUAUGUGGAAAACAGUAUCAAGUAAUCUGAUUACUUUAAGCUACAGAAUGAGGGCUGUAAUUUGAAUAUUCUUGUCAUAAUUUCCUAUAAUCAGUGUUUUCAAAUUUACAACAGCUGAUGCUGCAGUUUGUUCUGUAAUCUGGUUACAGUAUUCUUUUUACUUUUUACAUCCAACUGUGUUUUAAUGCACCUAAAACACUUAAGAACACCUCCACUUUGACAACUCUGUUUUUACAGUAACUCUUCAUGGUAACUGUGAUAGAUUAAUGUAAUUUGAUUACUACAAUCUCUUGUCUGUAACUGAAGUUCAGCUAUGGUUGGUAAUAAUCCAGUGACUUUUCAAUCGUGUUUCUGUGUUUUCUGUCUGUUGCUGCUGGAAGUCAGAAAACCUUAAAAAUUGGAGUUUGAAGUUCUGUCGUUCUGUUCUUCUGGUGGAAACUUUUCUCACUUUCUCUGGAUCUUUCGGGAAUCAGGACUGAAGGGAAAUGUUCAAUUUCAGAUCUGCCGGUGAGGACGACUACAUGUGGUUUGAGUGUGGAAAGCAGACUCAUGUUUACUUUAAUCUAAAUCAAUGAGAGUUUUAAUCUCUCAUUUAGAUUGAGAUUUUUUACUUUUCAACUUGUGGAAUAAAAUCCUGGUAUGGGGAAAGAAUUUCACUUCCGACAGCAGUUUAAAAAAAACUUACGUCUACAUAUUUGACUGGUUGUUUACAUUGAUAGUUUCUAUAGCAGAAGAAAUCGUAAAUGAAGACGAAAAAUAAUGCUUCAUAUCUCAUUUUUUCUCAUUUCACAUAAUAUUGUGCAAACCUAAUAUGACUAUUGAAUUAUAUUUAUUAUUUUGAUAAUAAUAAUGUUAAUACUUGUUAUUCCUUUACCUACAGUACACAGUAAAAAGUAUCAUUUCAUAACUCAAUUUAUUUUGUUAUGUUUCUUGCAGGUUUGUAUGGAAGCACAUUUCUGUCAAGGAAAGAGAAAAAGAUGAAAUGUUAGGAAUGAUGAAAAUAAAAAUACUCAUAAUCCUAUAUGUCAGAAUUUGAACAACUAUUUUGUCAUUUUGACUAAAAAAAAUUAAACUUUAUUUUUUACUUUACCUUGCUUUCUUCCUCCCUGGCAGUAAUGGGCUUCCACAGGUUAAAGACUUAAUAAAAGGCAGAACAGUAUCUCUGCCGCUGGUUCUAGUGUACAGUACAUUCCUUAUGGAAGUUGAUUUUGUUUACGCGAACAUUUUCUCAGGGGAAUAUGAUGUGUUCCACCUGCUUUGGUAAGAAAACACCUUUAAGACUCCAUUUCAGGUUAAAUUACUUAAUAACUUGGAUAUAUUUUUGUAGUGUAAAAAAGACAGAAAGAAAGAAAGAAAGAAAGAAAGAAAGAAAGAAACAAACAAACAAACAAACAAAUACACAAAACAAAAAACUAACAGAAAGAAGCAGAGCUCUAAAGGCAAGCUGUGGUCCUUAUGGGGUUCUUGAGGUCUAUGAGGAUAUUUCGGUGGUUCUUGAAGGAGCUCUGAUGAGGUUGUAGAGGUUUCUGAAGGGGUUUCUGAAGACCUUGAUGAGGUUUUAGAGAUCUUUGAGGGGGUUUCAAGUCCUUUAGGAGGUUGUAAAGGGCCUUGAGGGGGUUCCUGAGGUCUGCCAGAAGUUAGCAGAGGUCCUUGAGGAGGUUAAAGAAGGCCUUGGGGAUGGAGUAACGGUCUUAAAGGAGGGUCCUUGAGAGGUUAGUAGAGGUCCUUGAGUAGGUUCCUGAGGUCCUUGAGGAGGUUGUAGAGAUCACUGAGUGAGCUCACCGCCAACAGAGACUGAAGCAUCAGUACUGUUGCCAUGGUUACCUGCAGUGUAGUGUAGUUUAAGGUCUGAUUUAGAACAGUGGUUCAACUGUACUAUGUUUGAAAAGUCCAUAUAAGAUUUUAGCAGACACCUGUCAGCCAAUCAGAGAGCAGGAUAUUGUGUUACUGUGGUAUAAUAAAAACACUCACUUUUGAGAGUGUGAUAUUGUUCAAUAACUGCACAUUUUCUUUUGGAUUUUCUCACUUUACUCAAGUUAUUUGUCUGAAUACACCUCAGAUUUAUGGUGAAAAAACUGACAGAUCGGCCCUUUAAUAUCUCAGUCCACGGGCAAAUUCACUAAACAAAAUAAGUAGACGUGUUGUUGUUAAUGCAGUGUGAUACUAAUGAUCCCUUUAUUUUUUUGUCCAGUCAGCACUUCUGUGUUAUGUUACAGUUUGUAAAUUGCAGAUAGAAAAACAUGUAACUGCAAAGAAAGGAAAUAAAUCAGAUUGUUUAUGAAAAUAUAAAGCUCUGCUAUUCUACAGACAGUAGUAGAGUUUAAACUGAACAUUAAUACUCAAGUAUAAAAACAUAGUUUCAGUUGCAGUUAUGUGUUUUCUGUCUGACAAAUGAAGACUUUCAAAAAUACUGUUGGUGAUCUUGGAGCAAAUAUUUAUUUUUUUUAACAUGAACGAGACUUUUGACGUCUCUGAUGAUUCUAUUUUUGUACAAAUGUAUAGAAAUUGCUGUUAUUAAUAUUCCAAAAUGAUGUGUGUGUAUGAGCUGUUCACUUUAUGUCUCUAUUUAUUAUGAAUAUCUUUUGUUAUACAGAUGUGUGUUUAUUUCCCUCGCACUGUUCUGCUGUGUUGAGAUGUUCGUGUCAGUAUAUCAGUGAUGAAAUAUUUGCCUGCUGCUGCUUCGCUGUCUGUAAAUUCAGAGUUGGAGUGAGGGGUUUUCCACGAGAUUGUGGCCACUUGUUGUAAAAAAGUGCACUUUCCUAAAUGCAUUUUAGCCAGGGAUCAAACAUUUCAUAAAAAGGAUGAAAAGCUCAACAAUCAAAAUGUAAUUUCUGUGUUGAAACUGCCAUCAUUUCAGGUAAAACAGAUGUUGGUUUCAUGUUGAGAAAUUCGGGGAUUGUUGUAAUUACAAGGUACAUCCUACACUUCCCUUUUAGGAAGCUUCCUAGUUUUGUUUUUGCUGUAAAAUGAGACACUCGACAGAAUGAAUCCUGGUGAAUCCUUAAACCUGCAGAAAAGACAUGUAGGUAUGACUGUAAUUACAGUGAAAACACUUCUUUGUUAGCAAGGCUGGAGCCAGAACAUUCCAGCCAAAUGUCACACAAAUAGCAACGAAAAAUGUGCAGGUGUAACAUCCUGAAAAGGCAGAGAAUCAAUAAAGAUGUCCACACACGA